UCACCACGCUGUCCCCAUUGUCCCCACACGUCCCUGCCACACUUGCUUUAGGCUUUCACCCAGGCCCAUGGAAGUGAGCCCGUAACCCAGGAUGCAGCAAGUGGCCACUGCAAAGGUCUCUGUGGGUGAUGGUAGGAACAGUUGGGCUGAGCAUCCCCUCCGGACGGCCGGGGAAGCUGCUCGGCUGGGGCCCAGAAGAUGCCCUUCUCCAGCAGGGCGCUACCAGGACGCUCCAAGCAGGAGGUGACGUCCCCGUGGGGAGGACAGGAGGAGAAGCGCUGAGACACGGAGGAGCUCUCCUGCGUGGAGCACGUUCGGGGUGGAAGCGAGGGGGCUUCGGGUUGACCUUCCCAGCCCCUAACUCCCCCCCUGCCGAGCUGCAGCCCAUGGGUGCCCCCCCUCCUCUCCUCCCCUCCUCCCGCAACUCCAGCGCCGAGGAAGCCGAGCCGGAGGCAGUGCUGAGCCGGAUAUGCAGCGACUCCCCGCAUCCCUCCUUGGCAGAGCGCGGUGACGCCGCGGCAGCCACCACGGAGAGGACACAGGACCCCCCCCUGGGCCCGCCGUGCCCCUUCGAGGGGGUGGCCUGGACCCCGAGACCCCCGCAAGGCCCCCCGCAGGGCUGCUUCGCCUGCAUCGCCAAGCCCCCGGCUCUCCGACAAGCUUCGCCUGUCCUGUCUCCUUCUUCUGCCGUUUAUCUCAUGGAGAGCAAGAGCUGCAAAGGGGACAGCCUGCGGCCGGCGGUCCCGUGCAAGCACUCGGUGGAGAAGAAGACAAUGACCAACCCCACCACUGUCAUCGAAAUCUACCCCGACACCACCGAGGUGAACGACUACUAUCUCUGGUCCAUCUUCAACUUCGUAUACCUCAACUUCUGCUGCCUCGGCUUCAUCGCCUUGGCCUAUUCGCUGAAAGUCCGGGAUAAGAAACUCCUCAAUGACUUAAAUGGAGCAGUCGAAGAUGCCAAGACAGCCCGGCUUUUUAACAUCACCAGCUCAGCCCUUGCCACCUUCUGUAUCAUCCUUAUCUUCAUCUUUCUGCGAUACCCCCUCACUGACUACUAGAGUGAGGCCAACAGCAGCAGCUGCCGCCAAAAUGCCUCUAUGCCAGAAGUGUCUGCAGUUGUUUCUUGUAGCAAGGACGCAAAAAAAAAACAACCAACCACCAACCACACUCCACCUUGAUUGCAAAAAAAAAAAAAAGCCAAUUAAAUACAUAAAUAAAAAAUAAAUGAGUUGAUCAGCCCAGCUGAGCAUACCCUACCUGUCCCCAAGCAGUUUUGCUGUAGGAAAGGGUCUCUUACACAUGUACAGGGAGAAAAAUAGACCAAGAAAUAUUUAUUUUAUGGCCAACAAGCCGUGUGACAAGAGCGUGCCAAGUCGAGAGCAACGCAUGCCUGGUGGCAGAAAGCUGAGCUCUGGGGAGCAGCGGGGUCCUGCUGAGCAGGAGGUGUGUGCAGUGAUGGAUGGUGUCCAUGGCAGGGCUGGCUCACAACAUAUCAGGUGGGUUCAGACCAUGCCACCACCCCAGAUGUACUGGUGUUUCUUUUCCUCUCUUGAGUUUCAUCCACUGGUUGAAACAACUCCCAAACCCUGGAGAGCUGAGGGUGUUAGGAAGUUCAUGCUAGGGAGCCCCAAAGCUCCAGAGAAACCUCAAAGCAUUAAAGGGCAGGUUUCUCUUCAGGAGCUCCCGGCAACACUGAGAAGGAAGGCACCUUCUGAAGAACUCGCCUAAGCCCCCUAAAAUGAGUGCUACUGUACUUCUGUAAAUGGUCAAUAAAGAUACCUCUGAUAUCUGA